UUUUUCGGCAUAAUCAACGGGAGUAAGACGUGUUUUAAGUAAAUAAAAAAGCAAUGGAAAUCACAAUGAAAAACAUUGAAAUACUAAUAUCAAAUAAGUUAGAUGAACAUAGGAAAAGUAUUUUAAAGGAAACAGAAAAGCUACUCAAGAAACAAGAGAAAACUUUUACUUUAAUUGUAAGUGGCAACCUUAAAAUCAUAUCAGAUAAACUUAACGUGAUGGAGAAAGAAAUUUUAGAAAACAAAUCAAAAAUUAAAAAUAUAGAAAAGGAUCUAAACGACGUUAAAGAUAGUCUAAAUUUCCAAGAAGAAAAAACUUUAGAAAAACUUAAAAAAAUUAUAAAAUACUUCGACAAUGAAAUCAACGUAUUGUAUACAAGAACAACAGAUUUGGAAAAUCGAUCACGUCGAAAUAAUCUCAGAAUAGAUGGAUUAGUAGAAAAACCAGGAGAAAGUUGGAGCGAGUGUGAAAUUGCAGUGAAAGAAAUCUUUAAUAAAAAUCUUAAAAUAUCAAGCGAAGUGGUUAUUGAAAGAGCCCAUCGAAUUGGCCCAAUUAAUAAUAAAAAACCUAGAACAAUAGUAUUAAAACUCUUAAAUUUCCAGGAUAAAAACAAAAUCCUAAAUGCUGUAAAAAAUCUUAAAGGAACUGGUGUGUAUAUUAACGAGGACUUUUCGCAAGAAACGAUUGAACAACGAAGGAAACUUUGGGAAGAGGUGAAACGACUUCGAAGUGAAGCAUAAUGAAUAACGAAACAAUAGAUUUUGAAACGCUGCACUUUAAUGUCUUCGAAACCGCAAAUAAUGUUAUACUCAACGAUUUGAAUGACGCAGAUGCGCAGAUUUUUCGCGGAAUAAAUUUUGGUUCUCAAUAUUUUGAAACAGAAACUUUUAAAACUGAACUUACAACUUUAAGGAAUAAAUUCACUGCAUUACACAUAAAUAUAAGAAGCAUAAAUAACAACAUUGAUAAGCUUUAGCAAUUUCUAACCGAAUGCAAUUAUUUAUUCAGUAUGAUUUGUUUAACCGAGACAUGGUGUUCUGACGAAUCGUCCAGAAUAAAUUCAAACUUAGAAAUUCCUAAUUACAAAUUAAUAUCUUCUGAAAGAAAAACUAACAAAAGGGGAGGGGGAAUUAUUAACUAUAUUCGAACUGAUCAAGCCACCAAAUAUAGACAUGAUCUUUCUACCUCAGAUGCCGAUAGUGAGGUCUUUACAAUUGAGAUAACAACAAAUAACAAAUCAAAAAACAUAUUAGUCUCCACAUGUUAUAGACCACCUGAUGGUGAUAUAACAAAAUUUUCUAAUCAUUUAAAACAAAUUUUUUAUAAAAAUAACAAUGAACAAAAAAAACUAUUUUGUAUUGGAGACAUUAACAUUGAUUGCUUACAAUACGAUAAACAUGCCAAAACUAAAUUUUUUUUUUUUGACGAAAUGCUCCAACAUUACAUCUUCCUAAUUAUUAAUAAGCCGGCUCGGGUAACUCAAUCAUCAGUAACGUCAAUAGACAAUAUAUUAACAAAUACAGUUCUUGAUGUUACUUUAAAAGCAGGUAUUAUAAAAACAGAUAUAUCGGAUCAUUUUCCGAUUUUCUUUUCUCUGUCACACGAUACAAAAACUACUAACGACUGUAAAAUUGAAAUUCAUAAAAGGAAAAUUAACAAAUAUGCUAUUCAACAAUUUAAAGAAUCACUAUCGGCAAUAAACUGGGAUAAAGUAUACCAAGAAUGUAACCUUGGACGCACCAACUCUGCUUACACUAAUUUUGAAAACAUUUUCUUAAAAAAUUAUAAUAAAUAUUUCCCAAUAAAAGUAAUGCUAGUAAAAGAAAAACAU